UAUCAUCUCUCAGAAAAUACAUGUAGCAAAGCCUGACCGGUCACAUGCUGGGCGCUACCAAAGAUCAUGUAUUCCAUAGAAACCAAUGAAUGGAUAAUCCUUGCAAAUGAUUGGAAGACUCCUUCAGGGCGGCAAUAAUCCAGACAAUCCGUUGCUUGCUGGGUUCAGCCCUAUCAGAUGCACAUUCACUUAUGCUGCCCACAUAUCUAUGCUUGGCCCUGGGGGUAACAGUGGUGGUUGCACAGAUGAGAACACAAGCUGUGAGAGGUGGGCCACUCUCGGAGAGUGCACGAAAAACCCAGAGUAUAUGGUGGGAUCUGCAGAGGUUCUUGGUGCCUGUAGGAGAAGCUGCAAGGUGUGUUAGCUGACUGUUUUGGUCAUGGGAGCAGUUGUU